AUGUUUUAUCGUCAUACCCUUCGACCACCUCCAAAGCGAAGACCACGUCAAACAGAACACUUUAUGGCCUCGCAGUUGGUUCGUUCUGUUGCUCGAGCAACUCUUUCUCGAGGGAAUGUAGUGAGAGCACUUUCAACUACGAACGCUCUUUCCGCCAAGGAUAAUGUCAUGGAAAAAUGGCCUGCUGAGAGGUUCGACAAGCACUUUAUUGACUACCUCAGUCGACCGGAGAUCGAUGGCUGGGAAGUAAGAAAAGCCCUUACUGAACUCCACGACUACGAUGUUAUUCCUGAUCCCAAGGUCGUUGAAGCUGCUCUGCGUGCUUGUCGUCGAGAGUAUAUAUCCUGCAUUGUGGUAACGAUUCUUGAAAGCAGUGCAAGAUUACGUGCUGGAUUCAGAAAAAGAAUAGGGAGGUCGUCUAUGGAUACAUUAUUAACGAGGUUUGUUUUCUACACAGUGUUUAACGUGAAACCAGUACUCACCGAACUUGGUAUUCCAACUCCGGAAGAGCUUGGCUAUGACAAACCAGAAUUCUUCAUUCCACAGCCUGAUUACUGGUGGGAGAAGAAAUGGUAUGCGGAGUACGGAUACGACAAGAAACCCGCUUUCCAGUUUUAA